CCUGGUGUUCACAACUUGGUUCCCAUCAUAAACAACCAGUCUGAGUACAUUCAGCACUUGGAGGCUGAGGUCAAGUUCUGCAAGGAGGAACUCCUGGAAAUGAAGCAGAGAGUUAGAGUGGUGAUCGUGGAGAAUGAAAAACUACAUGAGGAGCUGAAAGCAAAGACGAUUGAAGACACACUUAAAGAAUACACAUUUGUUGACAGCACAUUGAACAUGGAACACACACAAGAAAACACUUUAAAGCAAAGACUUGGCUCUGUUAAUCAAGCUGAGGACCACAAGUGGAAGAAAGAAAUGGAGCAACUGAAGUGUCUCUAUCAAGCACAAACUGAGACUCUGGAGGCUCAAGUGGUCUCCCUGAAGAAAGACCUGGCCAGCAUUCAGAAAGAAUAUGAGGAAAUUAAAGAACGACUUAGGCACAAAGAAGCGAUGGCUGUGGCGGCGGGCACUGGUCAGCGUGUGGGUGGUCUGUGCCUGAAGUGUGCCCAGCAUGAAGCGGUUCUAGCAGAGACUCACACCAAUGUUCAUGUGCAGAGCAUUGAAAGACUCACUAAAGAGCGAGAUGAGCUGAUGACCGUUCUCUGCUCUCUGAGGGCCAGUCAGACUGAGGCCCAGCAGAGAGAAUGGGCUGCCUAUCAGCAGGUCAAACAGGCGGUGGAGAUGGCAGAAGAGGCCAACCUGGAGAAGACAAGAGCGCUGGUGCAGUGUGAGCACUUUCACAGUGAGCUGACUAGACAGAGAGAGAGACUGGAGAGAGAGCUGGCAUCUGAACAGGACAAAAUCUCCCAGGCCAGGGAGGCAGCACGUUCAGAGAGCAAGAAAGAGAAGGAAGAGCUUGCACAAACUGUGAGCAGUCUGUCUCAGAGAGUGGCUGAAUUGCAGGGUCUGCUGGAUAGAGGAGAAAGAGAUCGAAACUCGCUUAACAGUCAGCUGGAAGAAGCUUAUAGGAAGCUCACCGCACAAGAAACAGACAGCAGCAAGGUGUGUGCGGAGCUGCGCUUUCUGUUGAGUCAGGCCCAGCUGAAGAAAGACGAGGCAGAGAGAGACGUGAGGGACAUCAGCUCCAAACUGGGCCGCCAACUAGAACUGGCAGAGCAGGAAGUACAGAAGUUGGGUGUGGAGCUGAGCGGUUACCGGCAGCGUUUGGAGGAGGCCCAGAGGGCAGAGGGCCGAGCCCGGGCGGAGGCAGCAGGCCUGGCUGAGGGGCUAAGCCGCGCCCAGCGCCAACUGCACCUCACCAGGCAGGAGAAGGAGGCAUCAGAGCGCUGCUGUGGCGAGGACAUGGCCGCUCUGACCUUCCAGGCACAGCGGCGCGAACGUGAGCUGACACAGACGCUCCAGCAAAUGGAGGCGCAGCACGAGAAGAGUGUCAGAGAAACAGAUGCUCUGCUGAGUGCUCAGAACAGCCUGAUCAGGAAACUGAAGGAGGAAUGUCACACACUCGGGGCAAAGCUGGAGGAACUGGCUCAGAGCAGCAGAGCAGAGAUCGAGCAGUUGUCUCUGGAGAGAGAGCACCUGCAGGAGAGCGCUGAGAAGCUGAGAGGUCGCUGUGAGGAGAUGGAGGAGCAGUGUGUGCAGCAUGGGAGGAUGCAUCAGCGCAUGAAGCAGAGACUGCAGCAGCUGGACCAGCACUGUCAGGCCAGCUCUCAGCAGGUGCUGCAGCUCCUCAGCAGACAGAAGCAGCUCAUGCAGGAGCGUCAGCAGCUCACUGAAGACCUGCACAGCCUGAAAAGCCAGGUGCAUGCUGGGAAGAGAAUGGACAGGCUGGCUGUGUGAGAACAAACCAUCGACGAGAUGAUCCCAAGGUUUCCAUAUCCUGGACCAGGCCGUAUCCUGAGCAGCUACUGUGAUGGUCAUGGAAGAGUGGAGAACAUGAGACUGA